AUGUUAAUAAUUUAAGAAACACAAAUGUUGUAGUCUUUGAAAGAAAGACAAAUCGAAAUUGCAACCCACCAAGACAUUCUACAAGCGGAAAGACGAAACCUUGAAGAAUCCCGAAGUCGCUUAAAAGCCGAUUUAUCAUUAAGGAAAAUACGUAUUGAACAAUUUCAAAAGAAACAUCAUUUAGCUUUGAUGGCUUUGGGUAAAGACGAUGAUGGUCAACCUUUAUCGAUUACUCACAUUAAAAUACGGGAAGCCCAAGAACGGUAUGAAUUGCAACAAGAAGGUGACGAAUUGGAUAAUAAAGUUAAAAGAACUGAAAAGGAAAUUCUCGCAAUGGAAAAUACAUUAAAAGUUGUUAACAUGACGAAUACUGUUUAUAGAAAAAGUUUAGAACCCUUUGAAGAAGAUAAUAAGGAUCGUUUAGAAACGACAAGACUCGAACAGGAAAUAUGUAAUAACGCCACAGUUAUAAAGCAAUUGAAAAAAGCGUUAACUGGCAAACGAAAAGAUUUGAUGAGAAUUCAAGAUGCAUUAAAUGAUAUUCAAGAGACCCACAAAAAAAGAAUGGAGUGUUUCGAAAAUGUACAAACAGUAUAUACACGUUUAAAAAACGAACGAACUUCGCGUGAGGAAAGACUUCACAACGCACAUCAUAAUGCUAAAAAAUACAAAAGACAAGUUUCAAAGGAAGAUUUAGAAAAACCAGAAAGGAAUUUAGAAAUACGUCAACUACAAGAUGCAAACAAAGAAUGUUUCCGUCAAUUAGCAAAUCAAUUGAGUGAUUAUGAGCAAGUUUUAAUUUAUGUAACCGAUUUAUUAGGUAAAUAUAAUCUGCAAUUUCCUUCUGGAUCGAAACCGGGAUGGAGUUCAAGUUCAAGCUCGGUUGCGUUAAGUCACACGGCACGAAGUUCAUCUUCCACAUCGAGCAUUGAGUCCCUUUCAGCUUUGACCCCCGUUUUAUUAACAUUCAACGAUCAACCACAAAAAGCGGGGAAAAAGAGGCGAUAAAAAUAGAUGAAUUAUAAAAUAAAACGAGAUUUUUAAUAAAAAAAUACUUCGUAAUAAU